AUGGCACAUUACGAUGCUCGCUACGGCACGCAUGCUUCAGCUAGCAACAACUUCGUUUCUGGCAGUCCAAAUCAACUCGACUCGGAGGAGCAGGGUACUGUCAAGUCCCACAACCUCAUUGAUACCCUCAAGAAACACUGCAAGCCGUCGUAUCCGUUUAACCGCUCGUCCAGCUCUCCAAUAGGCGAGUUACAGUCGACCUCAUGCAGCGUCGCCGCUAUCGACUAUAACAUCGAGACUCCACCCAUCGUCUUCCACGGCACGCACAGGGAUAGCGCCGGCGCACUGAUUUCUGGCCAGCUGUUCCUCGACAUAAGCGAUGACUUCGUUGAGAUUGAUAGCUUGAAAGCUACUAUCCAGGCUCAUACAGUCUACACGCGCCCUUACCAAAGCCACUGCCACGAGCGCCAGCAUCAUGAUGUUGAGAUUCAGGCCUGGGUUCUCCUAGGGUACACCACAAGAUUGAGCCGGGGUCGACACACGUUUCCAUUUUCCGGCUUCCUCGACGGCAAGCUGCCCGCUAGCAAGGAUACACCAGUAAUGUCCAUUUCCUACGAGUUUAUGGCCAUGGCGCAAGUUUCGCACAGCACUGCCCUCGCCCGGCCCCCCACGCAGCUCAAAAUCGAACGCAAUCUUCUCGUCAGGCGCUCCAUUCCUGAGCCAAUCUUUCCCCGUCAAACGGUCCGCAGAUUCCCGUCUUUGAACAUUGCCGUCUACGCCAAGUACAAUUCGGUAAUAAACCCUACUGGCAGCAAUAGCCUGACACUCACGAUCGACGGCGUUGUGGCGCAUGAGGAAAAUGCCGAGACGAUGGACCUGUGGAAGCUAAAGAAAGUGGCAUGGAGGCUUGAGGAAACCAUCAAGACCAUUGCACCCAUUUGCGACAAGCACAUGGCCGCCGCCAACAAGGUCGGCUGUGGUAAUGGCUUGCAGGGCAUCACCCGCAGCGAGGUCCGCGUCAUUGGCGAGAAGCAGCUGUACAAGCAAGGGGUGGAAGUUGGAUUAUUCCAGCGCCUGCUGUUCUGUCAUAGAUGUUGA